UCAAUAUAACUGGCUACUUGACGUGGGUCUCACCUGUAUUGCAUAUUGCACACAGCACACCACUCACUGUGUGUGUCUGUGCUGCCUUUCUUCCACCAUCUUGUUUGAACAAUUUUCUCCAAAUUUUUUUUCCAGAUUUCCAUCCCCUUUUGAUCGACGGGGCUUAUAAUUUACCUCAAUCGAUUCAUUUCUGAUUCUGGGUCGUGAUCUUUUACUUGAUUCUUGUUGAUGGGAAAUUGAUGAGGUGUUAAUGGGAUUGUUGCCUUUGCCCAAAAAGGUGAAAUCUUUUAAGUUUUUUUUUUUUUUGAUUUGGGGUUUUGAAGUAGAUGGUUGUGGAAUCAAGAAAUCUGUCUUUGGUUGAUUAUAUAAUUUGAUGGAUCAUUAAUUGGGUUGCCUGAUAUUUCAUCUUUUGGUCUACUUUCCCCUGAAGAUUGGUCUGUGAUCUACUGUUACUCUCAGUUUGCACAGUAAUGUAGCUGUGAAGUUUGGGUUUGGUCUACUUUUUAGUUGUGAAGCGCUAUGGAGCACCUUCCUGUUGAGGUUAUUGGCAACAUAUUGUCUCGGUUAGGAGCUGCACGAGAUGUAGUGAUUGCAUCUUCUACUUGCCGGAAAUGGCGAGAGGCUUGGAGAAAUCAUCUUCACACACUCACGUUUAAUUCGAAUGACUGGCCUCUUUAUCAUGAGCUUACAAGGAGCAGACUAGAGAUAAUUGUGACACAGACAAUAUUCCAGACUAAUGGAUUACAGUGUCUGUCAAUUAUGAUGGAUGAUGUGGAUGAGUUCUCUGCUGCUCCGGUGAUUGCUUGGCUAAUGUACACGAGAGAAACUUUGCGUGAGUUACACUAUAAUGUCAGGACUACACCAAACAUUAAUAUUCUUGAGAUAUGUGGUCGCCAGAGACUGGAAGUAUUGGCUCUGGCACACAAUACGAUUACGGGUGUUGAACCUAGUUACCAAAAAUUUCCUUGCUUGAGGUCUCUUUCACUGAGCUAUGUCAGUGUAUCAGCGUUGGACCUCAGUAUUUUUCUCACAGCCUGCCCGAAAGUUGAGGUCUUGAGCCUUAUAAGUCUGGAUAUUGUUAUGUCUGAUCCGCAUGCCUCAAUGGAGCUGAGUACUAACUCUUUGAAAGAUAUCUAUGUCGAAGCCAUUAGUUUGGAUAAAAUCAUUCUGGAGGCAGAUAGCCUUGAGAAAUUGCAGUUAAAAGAUUGUACACUUGAGGUCUUUGAGCUUGUCAGCAAGGGGAAGUUAAGACUCCUUAAGAUUGAUGAUGUUAGUGUCAUCCAUCUUGAUAUUGGUGAGAGCGCAGAGAAUCUUGAGAUUGUGGACGUCAGCAAUUUCACUAUCAUGUGGUCCAAGUUCCAUCAUAUGAUAGCAAAGUCAUCAAAACUGAGAAGACUGAGGCUAUGGGCAGUUGUGUUUGAUGAUGAUGAUGAGGUUGUUGAUAUUGAGACAAUUUCUGCUUGCUUUCCGCAACUAACUCAUCUCUCCUUGAGCUAUGAACUAAGAGAGGCAGUAAUUCAGUAUGGAUUGCAGGGUUCUUUUCAAUUGGAAAAUGUGGUUGUAUUGGAGCUUGGUUGGACGGUGAUCAGUGACCUCUUUUCACAGUGGGUAGCAGGGCUAUUGGAAAGAUGCCCUAAUCUAAGGAAGUUAGUGAUUCAUGGGGUUGUUUCAGAAACCAAAACACACGAAGAAUGCCAAACAUUAGCAAAAUUCACAUCCUUUAUUGUAAGGCUAAUGAAGAAGUAUUUGAAGAUAGAUGUUCAGUUUGAAUAUGAAUAGAUUUGAGCAACUGUACCCAGCCUUGGAAUUCACAUUUUUGUUCAAAUGUUAAUAGCUCAAGGAGGUACAUGACGAUCCUUUGUGGUGAUUGUUUCUGUUAUUACGUGGUUACCAUGCUGCGUUCCUGUUUUAGUUUAAGUUGUGCUUCAGCAUUGUUACUUACCCUAUUCUUUCAACUCAAGUUCGCAUAGUGUUCACAGUUGUGGUAUUCUUAUUGUAACUUCUCCUUUUCUUUAUUUUUUCUGCUUGUCUGUUUCAUCUUGUUGUAAUGAAGUUAAGUCUUUUUUUCUA